CCAAAGUCACACAGCUGGCAAGCGGCGGAGCGGGGAUUCGAACCCAUGACCUCUGACUCCCAAGCCCGUCUCUAAGACACGGCGGGCUCGUCCGCGAUUUGAACCCGGGACCUCUCGCACCCAAAGCGAGAAUCACACCCCUAGACCAACGAGCCACAUCACACGCUCCCGCCCCAGGAUACGACUCUACCCUGUUUCUGACCGAAGGACACCUUGGGUCCUAGAAUAUUUCCAACCUGUCAAUAGUCACUCGCCCAGCAACCUGCGGCUCGGGGGGCCGCCGGAGACCCGCGGCCGGCGGCAGCCACGGCCGCGGCGGACCCGACCGGCCGGCGCGAGUGGAGAGGGGGCGGAGAGGAAGCCCCCCGGCCCCCCCGCCCGCCAUGUACUGCUUGCAGUGGCUGCUGCCCGUCCUCCUGAUCCCUAAGCCGCUCAACCCGGCCCUGUGGUUCAGCCACUCGGUGUUCAUGGCCUUCUACCUCCUGAGCUUCCUCCUGGAGCGGAAGCCCUGCACCAUCUGCUCCCUGGUCUUCCUGGCGGCCCUCUUCCUCCUCUGCUACAGCUGCUGGGGAAGCUGCUUCCUGCUCCACUGCCCGGGCUCCCCGCUGCCCCAGCUGGCCCACGACCCCGGCAUCGUGGCCACCUGAGGCCCGGCCCGGGGACCCCCCCCCCCCC